UAUAGCAACCCAAAAUUAACACAAAUUAAAUGUGAACACCCAUCACAAAUAUGUAGACAAUAAAAUACAUUCGUAACUAAUUAACUGGACAUGUCACAAAUUCUGACCGAAUAUAUAAUUUUGACCGCCCACACUUAAUUUGCCUCUAUAUAAAUAUAACACAAAUGCCCCGCUCAUAUCCACAUUCAGUAAAGAAUAACAUAUUAUUAUAUUAUUAAAUCUAUGGCCUCCGUAGAAAUUUCCGGGGAGAAGACGGCGGCGCCAUUGCUGCCGCCGCCACGUAACGGCGGCUCGGCGGUGGGUGAUUUGGUGUUGAGAUUUCUGCUGUUUGCUUCAUGUGUAGCGGCUGUCAUUGUGAUGGUUACUGGCAAACAAUCGGAACUUAUUCCAAUCCCUUUUCCUCCUUUCUUGGUAUCUCGAGAUGCCAAGUUCAAUCAUUCACCGGCUUUGAUAUACUUUGUAGCAGCAGUGUCAGUUGCGGGCUUAUACGCGGCCAUAACCACCAUUGUGUCCUUCUUUGUCGUCCUCAAACCUACAUCCUACAUCAAACUAGUAUCCCACUUGGUCAUCUUUGAUGUGCUAGUCUUGGGAAUAAUGGCUGCAGCAACUGGGGCAGCCGGUGCAGUUGCAUACAUUGGGUUGAAAGGCAACUCUCACGUUCAAUGGCGAAAGAUUUGCGACAUUUAUGAUGGCUUUUGCAAGCACAUUGGGUCAUCAGUUGCAGUCUCCUUGUUCGGCUCCGUUGUGCUCACUUUGCUCAUUAUAAUCUCCGUUCGGGCACUGUCCAAGAGGAUCCCCAAGUAGAAACAACAGUGAUGAAUAAUUGCAAAUUCAAUGAAUUUAUUGGUUUUGUUCAUGUUGUAUUUAUGAUUGGUUGAUUUGUCUGUUUCAGUUUGUGGGUGACUUGUGUUAAUGUGUGCAGAUUAAAGAUGUGUUUUCUGUAGUUAAAUGGAAUGAAUUUGUUGUAUGGUGGUGUAUAUCCGUCGUGCUGUAUUCUUUGUGUUGUUUCAAUUUGUGAAAGGAAAAAUACAUAUAGCAAGAGGGUAUUUGAUGAUUUUGAAAAAUUAACGCAGGUAUAUUCAAUUGAGAUUUUAAAGUCGUAAAAAGUUACAUGGUAUUCGUUUGUGAUUACAAAAAAUAAUUAAAAGUCAUAAGAAAUUUAAUUUAUUAAGCAGUUGAAUUUGUAUGGAUUUUUUAAUAUUUUCUUAGAUUUCAAUGACAAUACAUACUCGAAAUUCCAAACUAGUAAAUCCCACCUUUAAUGAGCAACUUUAACCGUGGCUUUUGGACAGGUUUGGAAACGCCAUGUUAGCAGGUUUUGCUAUUAAAAGGGAUAAGGGGCAGUGUGAGGUUUUCAAAGCGAGAGUGCAAAUGGGAAGCUGGGUUUUUGUGGGCCCCACAUGUAAUAAAUACAAUAAAAUAGUAUUGUUAAUCAGUGA